AUGGACUGCCGUCUCGGCUUAAGAGGCCUUUUUUGUCGAUCCAUCCCACUUAGGGAUGACCACCAUACCCCACUCCCACUCCUCCGCAGCAUCAUACCCUGCCAGUUGCACGGAAGGGACACGAGGCGGCCCAAACGUCGCGCCGAGGAACUGCAUAGAAGACCUCGACCUUGCCAUCCAGAAAGCCAGCACUCUGCUCUCCAAAGCACCCAAAAAGGGGUUCGGAGCCGAGUCCUGCGCGCCAAGUGGCAACAUUUCACCUCUCCCAAGCACAGCGAUGGGCUCCACUGGGUCAAGGAGCAGAUGCCACCUUGCGGCAAGUCGGGCUCUUGGCUGAUGGCAAUUUUCCGCAAGGGCGACUUGUAA